AUGCUUCUGAAAGUUUCUUUGUUGCUACUAGCGCUUCUGAAUUCUGGUCUAAGUGCUCCAGCUUUAAAUAACACCCUACCAUCGCAUGUACCCGAAUAUCAGGACUUGUCCUUUGUGGAUAGUAUAGUUGACUUUGUCAGUCACAGCGACCACUUUGCAUUGGAUCCAGAGCCAGUGAUUGAGGUAACCGAGGAAUACGAGAACAAGGAAAAGGAGUCGAGUUCAGAUACCGUGCCAGUAGAAUACGAUGACGUCUCCAAAGCCUCAGAGCAGAAUUCACCGCCACCAGAGAAGGCGAGCCUUGAGGAGCAGGCAAAGCCACCAACCGAAGGUAAUGUGGGUGACACGAUGAAUACCAACGAGACGUUCCGUGGAUCGAACCUAAGGGUCGAGACAGGGCUCUUCUUCGAUGUUGCCAAGGGUAACAAGGAUGACGAUUGUGACGACUCUGAAUCCGACUCCGAUAGCGACUGUGACGACGACGACGACGACGAGCGAAGUUUGCUCAAAAAGAUCCUAUUCUUCUUGCCAGCCAGCUACCAAGCACCGGCGGCGAAACGAUCGCAAGCAGAUCCAACCAUCUACGUUACCACUAACACUGAAUCAGUUGAGCAAGGUACCCUUUCAAACACUAGCCGACACCCAUUACCUCAAGAUAUUGGGAACAUUAACAUCACAUCACAAUUUGUGCCCACGCUCGACGGCUACUAUGAGAGUAUGGAGUCCACGGCCAACAGGGGACGUAUCAGUCUUCUCAGUCUUGCAGCUUGCUUGGCCCUUCUAUGA